UUUUUUUCUUUUUUUUUACAGUUUUAUUUUUCAAAUUGACAAAACGUAUGGCCUCCAAACAGUCUAGACUCGAGAGACUUGUGUAUGUCGAGGAGUGUGUGAGCCUAUUAUUUGGCAAUUGAUCGGCUGGCGUGGUUUGAGUACAUAAUAACAGGAAAAUGAGAUUUGAUUUAUGAAUCUCUUCGUCGUCUAAUUUACAAUUUUAAGCCAGUCUGUAGCUACAGUCGGAGAUUCCUGCAAAGCGCGCUCCCGAGCCAAACUUCACCAACUGUGCGCGCUCUGGGGCGCAUGAUACUUAACGCCUGGCGUCUAGUUUGUGUUGGAAGAGCAAGGCCAAUAUGUACACCGGGCUUGCGAAUGAAAUACGAUAAACAGGGAUAUUGUGCCUAUCACGUCGCCCGACGCCCACCCACACAUCUGCAUUGAACUGAAGGAUAUUUCAUCCGAGCAUGAAACUACUCCUUGAACAAAAAGCAAGACCUGAAGCAAAAUGGACCAGAUGGCCACCGCACCUGAGCCAAGCAAACUUGAAUGCAGACAUGGGAAACAGUUUCCAGUUUGUGAUGCACAGCUCUCUUUUUGUGGCGCCCUCUGCUACCUCAACCUGGGGCCAGAUGGAAGAACUACUCAUUAAAAGUGAUGAGGUGCCUGAGUCUUUGGUAAUGAACUGCUGCCUAGCCCAGAUGGCUCAUUGUUGUCUGCUGCCAUGCCCCUUUAAUAACACACUUUGGGCAUUCAUUGGUGCAAGCUUCAGUUCCCACAUGUGUGUCCCAGUGGGUUCUAUUUGAGUCCAUAUUUCAUAUUGGGGAUCUGACAUUUCUGACCGUUUUGUGUUUAUAUAAUCUGGGGGUAAUUUAAGCAGAUGUAGUGUAACAAAGCUGAAGCGAUCACAGCGGUGUUGCUUUCUUUCUCUCCUGUCUGUAGGUGUAGGUACAACAAACGUUUGGAGCAUGCUGACAUGCAUGAUCUGUUCAAACAAACUGCUUACAAUUCCAAAUCCACUUAAAAAGCAGUUAUCAUCUGCUCUUGGGAUUCUGCUAUUCAUGUCUGUCAUGAGAUCAUGUCUGAAAUAAAUGGAAGGACUACUCUAAGGGACCAGUAUUCAAAUUCACUGUCUCUGAUAUGUGGACGCUGUCUUUUAAAUUGAGUGUGGAGAGUCCCAGGUGCUUGUACGUAGCAGCCUUGAUGCCUUUUCAGAUUAGCAAAGAACAGAGCACAGUUUCAUUAGGUCUCUGUUGACACAAUUCCACUUUAACCAAUAAAGUGGUUGGUAUGAUUAAAAAUUGUAUAGUGAGAGCUACUAUAUUUUAGAAUGAAUUUAAACACUGACACAUUAUAGGCAAAUCACAAUACUAGACUGCAGCGACGCAUCGCCCACUCUGAGGUUUCUCACUUAUGGAGUGAAAAAAGCUGUGCUCCAGAAUAGCUUGUUAACAAUGAUGUCAUUGGUGGUAAACCAGCCCUGACCUAACACUACUUUAUCUUUAAACUUUUUUUGAAUUUUUAUUUUUGAGUUGGAACAGAUUGUUGCCCUUUUCAGUCUGCAGGCUUUGUAUUUCACUCUGUGUGAGCCAAAAGUGUUCCUGAGCAGCUCCGGUGGCAGCUGAGUUCCACCGCAUAAUCCAUGUGUUUUGGGGGCUGUUGCAUCUGUGUUUUGAUCCGUCCAUAUGUGACUAAAUCACCCAAGAUGCAUUUUAGUGCUGCGAGUGAAUGGUGCCAGUUUCUUUCUUGUGUGCACUGAGCCAGCUAUCGCAUUCUCUGCUGCUGACAGACACAUUCUGGCCCAGAGUGAUAUUUUGAUUUCACCCAGGCUCCUUUUCCUGGCUGCCUCAGUUUUGUGUGUGUAUUUGUUUAAGAAGCAGGAGAUCUAGCCAGAGUUUAUGCACAGAGAGGGGAGGGUCAGGCAGAGUGAACGCUUCACAUACCAAUGGUAGUAGCUGGUUAUUGGUUACACUGUCAACUAGAAAGCAGGCCCCAAUCUCCGAUUCAGCUGUGAUAGUUUGUUACAGGUUGCAUGUGAGAAAUUAGUGGAUGCAUAAAGUCAAAAGAAAAGACAGAGAGGAACGUGAGGUAUGGAGUGAGCAAGGGCAGCUGGUGGUGCAGCCUGCAGCCAGACAAGGCUGAAAUUUGAGAACUGCAAUACCACAGAGCCGAGCAGAGGGAGAGACACAAGGAGAAUGUCCAUCUAGGAGACAGAGACGAAGCUUACAAGGACGUGGAGGGCACCGAAAAUGACGUGAAUGGAGGCCCAGACAUUUCAAGAGAAGACGAAAGCCUUAUUGGGAAAUCUUAUGGACGAAGAAAUGAGUCGCCAGACUGCCACCGCGCUGCCCACAGGAACCUCCAAGUGCGUCCCCUCCCAGCGCGUGCCCACCCUGUCGGGCACUACAGCUUCCAACAGUGACCUGGCCAGCCUGUUUGAGUGCCCCGUCUGUUUUGACUAUGUUCUGCCUCCCAUUCUGCAGUGCCAGUCAGGACACCUGGUAUGUUCCAACUGCCGGCCCAAACUCACUUGUUGCCCCACAUGCCGAGGUCCCCUGGGCUCCAUCAGGAACCUGGCCAUGGAGAAGGUGGCCAACUCUGUUCUCUUCCCCUGCAAGUAUGCCUCAUCGGGCUGCGAAGUCACCUUGCCUCAUACCGACAAAACGGAACACGAAGAGCUGUGUGAGUUCCGGCCGUACUCCUGCCCCUGCCCUGGUGCCUCCUGCAAGUGGCAGGGCUCCCUGGAUGCCGUCAUGCCUCACUUGAUGCACCAGCACAAGUCCAUCACAACACUGCAGGGUGAGGACAUCGUCUUCCUGGCCACAGACAUCAACCUGCCGGGUGCAGUGGACUGGGUGAUGAUGCAGUCGUGCUUUGGCUUUCACUUCAUGCUGGUGCUGGAGAAGCAGGAGAAAUACGACGGCCACCAGCAGUUCUUUGCCAUCGUGCAGCUCAUCGGGACUCGCAAGCAGGCCGAAAACUUUGCCUACCGACUGGAGCUGAACGGACACCGGCGCAGACUCACCUGGGAGGCCACACCGCGCUCCAUCCACGAAGGCAUCGCCACGGCCAUCAUGAACAGCGACUGCCUGGUGUUCGACACGUCCAUCGCACAGCUGUUCGCUGAGAACGGCAAUCUAGGCAUUAACGUCACUAUCUCCAUGUGCUAAAAGACUCAAAGGAUGGUCAGAAGUUACAGAUUGUCAGGGGGUCAAAUAAGUGGUGACCUCAUAGUGCCCUCCCCCUCUCUCCCUUACCCUUUGAGAUGUGGAACUGGACUGUCUUGAGACAGCUGUGGAGGGUGAAUGGGAGGUAGGAUCAAUGAGCUAGUAAACACAAGGACAUUACGGUGUAGUGACUGCUACAGACUCCUAAACACACAUGAAAACAUAUGAGACAUGACAUGCAGAUGCAGUCUCAUCAUCUUUGUCAUCAACGUGGAGACAUCACCUGAAAAGCUGUUGAGUCAUAUUCUUAUGUUCGUGUCUCUCCCGAUGCGGUUUCCCAACAGCCCCCCCCCCCCAAUCGAUCCGCAGACAUUUCAGACACUACAGCUCUCCAGCCUUUGCUCAGAAGCUGGUCAUUACUGAGCCGCCUCACGCUGCUACAUUCACACAGCAACAAAGGUCUAAGCUAUGUCCAACACAGACUCCUGGUCGGUGCCAGGCAGCUCACCAGCUUGUAUCUGUCUAGCUUUCUCUUCUGUCCGACCUCCAUGAAAUGAACUGCCAACUGGCUCAGGCUCAUCUAGGCUGUGACUGGCCUUGAUUAGUUCAAACUGGAAACCAGUGUCAUGAAAUUCUCUGGUUCCAGCUUUGUAGAUUUGGCCUGUGACUGACAUGGCUGGUGAUGGCUAAGACUGGAACCAGCACAUAAACAUGGAUGACUGUAGCACCCAUAAGCACCCGGUAUGUUCAGGACUGGAAUCUUGGACAUGCAUUGAGGGUCGAUUGAUGUCCUAUUUACAUCUCUGUUUUCCCUCCAGUUCACACCAGUCCACCCCAAAGCUAAUGAUUGUGCAUCACAUGCUCUUUUUUAGUUGAUAGGUUAGGAUCUGCUCUCAUACUGUAUGGAUAUAGGAAGACCCCAGCUACAUCAGCUCUGGAAUCAACUUUUUGUUAAAAAAAUUUUGUACGUUAUUUUCAUGGAGUGGACAACAGUGGAGUUCAGUUUGUCGGAGAGGUUCUGUUCUCAAAAUGUGGAAAAAAACACUGCAUUUCCGUCAAGUCAAUGUUUUGUUUGGAGUCAAUUUCUUAUGUUUUUGAUUUUCUUCGUCUUUUUUGUAGAAGAUGAGCGAAGAGCUGUUUGCGUGCACGCAUGUCAGACGUGGCUACAAGCCUCCUCACCUUUGUCCUUUUCCCUCACUUUUUUCAUUAACCUCAUUCUCCACCACGCUCUGUCUGCCAGCAUUAGCCAGCCAGGAAUGAGGGACAAUUUAUACCGUUACACAAUGUUGCUAUCGUUAUUAUUAAAUGGAGAUUAUCAUAUUGAUCAUUUUUUGUAAUUACUUUUAAAAACAAAUUAAAGGCAGUUGUAAAACGUGUGGCUAAACUUCAGUGUCUGUAGUUAAAAAGCAAGUUGUGUCGUUCUUCUUCUAAAGAAUUGAUUUUUCCAGAGUUGAAUUGUUCUCAUGUAUUCGUCUCUGUCCUCUUGUGUGCUAUGCCCUCCCCCCCUUAUUUUUUUCUUGUCUUGGGAGGCACGGAGGUGUUGCCACUCGUCUCUCUCUUUCUCUUCAUGUGGAGUCUCAGUAAUGUUGCUGCUCUCCUUCAACUCCCUGACUUUUCUGUUUUAAUAUGUCAUUAAAUAAAUCUAUCUUUUUCAUA